AUGAGCGAUAUCAGUACCAGAAACUCUCAAAGCAGUGAUAGGAAACCAUGGGUCAUUUGGAAGAGGAUCCGAUCACUCUUAGAGCCAAAACAGGCAUCCUUCCGUAAAGUGUAUGCAGCACAUGAAGAUGUGGAUUUUGAACAAUUCACAAAAACUUACUUCAAAACCAUCACAGAUCGUGUCAAAUAUGGCGAGGCCAUUACCAGUAUCCCAAAAAAGUCUCAUUUCACCGCCCCGAAGAAUCCCAUUGUCCUCUGUCAUGGCUUUUCAGGAUUUGAUCGGUUGAUACUGGUACCCUCAAUAGCGCGCAUUACUAGGGUUCUCAAUAACCAUACAGCUUCCAGUAAUUCAGAGCAGCUACUUGAAAAUGACACAGAAGAUUCGAGAAUGAAGGGGCUGUUGGAAGUUGAGUACUGGUUCGGUGUCAAGGAGGCCUUAGAGGCUAAAGGAUGUACCGUAAUAUCUGCGCGCGUACCAGGAUUUGCCAGUAUAGAAGAAAGGGCCAAUACGCUUAACGAAUUCAUAGAACGCGAAACAAAACACUUGCGGCUGUCUCAGAAGUCUAGUGACAUCUAUAACAGCCCAGGUGCUAAAAAUGAGCGUCAGCCUCAUAAGCGCGUAAAAGUCAACUUGAUUGCACACUCCAUGGGAGGAUUGGACAGCCGCUUCUUAAUUUCGAGAAUACCAAACAAGAAUUUCGAGGUUGUGAGUUUAACUACAGUGUCAACUCCUCAUCGCGGCUCCGAGAUGGCUGAUUUUCUCGUAGGUCUUGCGUCUGAUAUGCAAAAAGGCCUUCCCACCGAAUCAACUGUCAAACUACUACCACCUGCUAUCUAUGAGUUGACCACUAGCAGCAUGAAAGAGUUUAACAGAGUUACGCCAAACAGCAAAGAUGUUGCUUAUUUUAGUUACGGCGCUUCCUGUCAGCCAAAAUGGUUUAAUCUUUUCUACGCUUCUUGGCACUUAAUGUUCAGCCUCUCGGGUGGAGAGCUCAAUGAUGGUCUAGUGACUGUGCGGAGCAGCAAGUGGGGCAACUACAUGGGGACCCUGCAAAAUACUGACCACCUUGAUGUUAUAAACUGGAAAAAUCGACUACAGAAAGAAGUUGCGAGCAAAGUGUUCAAAAUCAGUGAUUCAAUUGGAGAACAGGUCCAGCCGGAACUUGAUGUCCUCGACUUUUACUUAAGCAUUGCCGAUAACUUGGCCCAAAGAGGCUUCUGA